AGUAACGUAAGAUUUUAUUUCAUUUCAUCUUCUGAAUGUGAGUGUGAGAAAGUGAAGUGUUUGAUCGAGGUUUCCUGUAGAUUCAGCUGAAUGCGAUUAGCAACCAGCGUUCUUAUUGAAAGUAACAAAUUAUGAAUGAGUGAUUCAAAUCCUUUCGAUAAAGGCACAACCAGACUGUUGAUACAUUGAUACGAUGUAAUUAUGAAAUGAAUUGAGAUUUAUCUGGAUCAACAAGCAAUGGGAACUGGAGCAUCUAGAGACUCAGAUGAACCAGGAGAACAUAAAGUACCCCAGGGGUUCAGAUCUAAUGAUUCAUCAGUGGCAAGAACUGGAACAUCUAUUAGAGAUGGUAAACAACAGUCUGUGAAGAAGAGAGCACAAGUUGGACUAACUAGACUUGGAUUUUCACCUUCUGAACUCAAUAUUCAUGAAGGAGAGGAAGUAUCUUUUCACUGGAAUGGGGUUAGAGGAUCUGGACACAAUGUGAAACAGGUUGUAUCUGAUGAUGGCAAACUUGUGACAGUCAAUGGAGGAUUCUUCAGUGGAGAGCCAAGUAGUAGCGGAUACUUCCAGGUUCAGUUCAACUUGGAAGGCACCUACUCAUUUAUUAGUGAGGGAUACAGUGAUCAACAAGCAAACUUACUUACAGUGACUGUCAGAUCUAAAUCUCUCCAAAAAGUUGAGAUCAGAGAGAGUGGUUUCAGCAAGCCCCAGCUGAGUAUCCGUGAAGGGACCAGUGUCAGAUGGCAUUGGGCAAUCUCCUGCACCCUUGUUGAGGUGAAGCUAUGUACCAAACACUUUAGCUGGAUCAGGACAGACAUAGGAAGUACCAUCCCAUCUCAAACAGGCUGGUACAAACAUGACUUCAUGGAACCUGGACUCUACUACUUCCUAGCAGAGACUGAAGGAGAGGAGCAGUCUCACCUGUGUGUAGUGGAGGUAAAGGAGACCCAACGUCAUCAUUCUAUUGAUGUAACAGACAAGAGAUUCAGUCCUUCCCUACUGACAAUCCAGGAAGGGGACAGGGUCUGGUGGAACUGGGAUAGGUUCAAGUGUCAGAAGAAGCACAAAAUAAUUGAGGUUGAAAUGCCAACUGGUCACAACGUCACAAAUAGCUUUCCUGUAACCCUGAGAGGAGGUUUCACAAGCGGUGCUCCAAGCCGAAGUGGAACUCUCUCGCAUGUUUUCAGUAAACCUGGAAUAUUCUAUUACUGUGAUAAUAACUAUGAUGAUGUGAGAGAGUAUGUUGGUGUGAUUGUCGUCAAACCCAAGCCAAAGGAGCAUCACAUUGAAGUGACAGAAGAAGGUUUCUACCCAGACCUAUGUGCUGCGAGUGUAGGAGAUAGAAUCCGAUGGAACUGGGAUCCAAGCCACUUAGAUACUAGCUUAUCAAUCACACAGGUUGAAAGCUGUGUCACCUCUUCAAAGAACAGUCAAAUGGAUGAAUGUAACAACCGUUUUAAAUACUUGAGUGAUGAUCAUGGACUCCAGAUCACCAAACUGGGCAUGGUUACCACCAAUCUCACAUCAAUGGGUGUUUACCACUACAGGGUGUCCGAUGCACCCAUGUCUGUUGGCUGUUGCUCCGUCAUCGUCAAUGCUGCUGUCAAAGAUCACACCAUCAAGAUCACAAAGAAUGGUUACGAACCUCAUCUCCUCUCUAUUCACCCUGGAGAUCGUGUGUGGUGGAUAUGGAAUGGUGUACAUACACCACAUAAUAUCAUUCAGGUAUCUCAACAAGGUGAACCCAUAACAUCUGGUUUCUGCAGUGGACUUCCAGUAGAAAGUCCUGGUGCUUUUCACACUUGCUUUGAGAGAGAAGGCGUUGUAUAUUAUCACAGUGCUGGUUUGCCAAAUCUAUAUGGAGCAAUUAUGACAGUUCCUCAACCUAAGGUGCACCAGGUUAUCGCUUCCAAGAAUGCAUUGACCCCUGACCCUGUAUCAGUCAGGUCAGGUGACUGUGUAGCCUGGGUGUGGCCAUUGUUAAGGAAGCACAAGUUGGUCAGUGUUAGCAGUACUCAGGAAGUAUUUGAGCUCCAGAAAUACACUCAGGAUUCAGUUUCACCAAGGAGAUGCUGUGCCUUAUUGUUCACAAAUCCAGGAGUCUUCCAUUAUUAUAGCAAAGCUUUCUCGAACAAAGGAGAAAAAUUCAUGUAUGAGCACAGUAGCAAAGCCGUUUUGAGCAGUGUUGUAGUGAGCAUGCCUAAAGAUCAAACCAUUGUUAGAGUCAACAGCAGAGGAUUUCAUCCACAAACAAUCAACAUUAAGAAGGGUCAGUCAAUAGUUUGGUCAUGGAAGGAAGUAAGCAGUCAAGAGCUUCACAACAUCACCAUGGUAACUUCUCCAGAUGAAGAGAAUGCUUCCAGCAGCAUCCUGACAUCGUCCCCUGUGCCAGAGUCUGAGGGAGGCUUCACCAGUGGACCAAUGCAGGCAUUGGGUAGCUACUCACACACCUGGGAGCAGGCAGGGACAUUCUAUGUCAGAUCUAAGGGAGCCAGGAAUAGUGUAGGAUGUGUCCGGGUAUGGGAUUCAGAUACAUUCAUCACUACCCCUUCACCAACAUGUGUAGACUGUACUGGUGGAGUUGUUCAGAGGGGUCAUCGGAUUGACCUGUCCUCUGGCCAAUCAGAUGCUACAAUCUAUUACACCCUAGAUGGUUCUAUCCCAGAGCCAAACGGGUCAACAACAAGGGUGUUGAAAGCUGACCAAGGUAUCAUCUUGAAACGAUCUGGCCUUCACAUCCUGAGAGCGAUAUCCCAUAGUGAUCAUGCACUACCAAGUGAGAUUUUCACAUCAGGGAGAUAUUGGGUUUUAGAAGGAACAGAUGGAGAGUCUGAGAAUGAUGAUGACAAUGAUGCGGCUUCCAUAGCAACAGAGGAAUUUGAAGAACAGCAGCUUCAGGAAACCCAUGGUCCAACAAGCCUUUGGCAAUGGCUGCAGUGUAUACCAGUUAUCAAAGGAUGGAGACGCAACUCUCAUACAGUGGAGCUUUACUGGGAAUUGCCUGAAGCACGCUACAGACAUUUAGUGGAAGCUUACCAUAUCUAUAUCAAUGGUGUCUGUUAUCAUAACAACCUGGUGCCUCCAUGCCAGAGUAUUGGAAUCAGUGGUUUUGUGGGCGGAGCCUCCUAUUUAAUAUCAGUUGUUGCCAUGCCAACCAUGUCUUCAUUCUUGCCACAUGAGUCCAUGAAAUUGAUGUUUGAUUGUCCUACUGUUUGUGAACACGGUGGUCCAGUUCUCUCCAGUGAGAUCACUGAGGUCAAAGGUCAGCUACCCAUCAUCUGGAUCCCUCUGUCAAUGGAUGAACUCAAGUAUCAACUCUAUGUUAGUGGCAUGCAGUAUGGGGAGGAGGUUAUUCCCAAGAAAGGAGAGAAUCAUUGCAGGCUAACAAUCACAGAUUGUGCAUCAGAAGAGCCUCUCAAAAUACACUUGUUAGCACUCCCAAGGCAGUCAGAUGAAGCCUCAGAAGAGCAGAGUAUAUUGCUCUCUAAUGAUCUUGAUAUCAGUUUACCUCUCAAUGUGGAUUCUAUAACUGUUCCAAAUUCAAGGAAAUUAGAAGGAUUACCCUACCUCCAAAUAUUUGAAGGAUCACUCAAACCUCCAGGUCCAGAUGUUAUACUCCUCCCUGAGUUUCAACCAGAGCCUACAGAAUCCAUAAAAGAAGAAGGAGAGCCCCCUCUAGAAUCCAAUCCAACAACAGAAGUUGCUGCUACCACCUCUACACUCACUCCUGCAAAAGUUAAGAUGGAUAUAAGUAGUGAGGAAUUAAAGACCUCUGAUGAGACCCCAAGCCAACCAGAUAGCAUCACCACUCCAGGUACUGGUAACGAAUUAACAAACACAGACGAGCAACCAGAGGUAGGGUAUGAUCAUGUUUCCCCUCCUGCAUACACUGCUGCAUGUGACCUUCCCGCUGCCGACCCCAGCAGCAUGCCUCCUAGCAUCCUGCAUGAAACGCCUCCUGCAUCCAAUGUUGAUACUGCCCCAGAGAUGGAUGAACCUGAAGGAAGUCCUAUAGAGAUAAGCAAGAUCCCUCCACCUCCCGUUUAUCAAGAUAAUCUUCAUGAAGAGCCAACAUCCAUAGAAGUUUCCUCAUUAGUUGAAAGAGGAGUUCCUCAGAUGGGCGAGGGUAUCAUUGAAGGCGAUCUCUAUCCUCCUCCAUCGACCAGUGACCUCAGAAAGUUGUCGGAUGCAAUGAGCAAGAUAUCUCCUGAAGAAGAGCGACAGGAUGUUGAGCAUGCAGCAAUCAAUAACAAUGUUGAUGUAGCAACCACCUCUUCUGAUAGACACCUGGAGGUUGUGAACGAUCCAGCACAACCGGAAGAUUUUUUGAACAGAAAUGAUGAUGAAGAUAGUAUUGACGUAAAUAAAGAUCAUAAUUCCAAAGAAAUUUUAAAUGAAUGUCUUCCAGAGGAAAACCAAUAUGAAGAAAGUCUUCCAAAAGAAAAUCUUACCAGAGACAGUCUUGCCAUAGAAAACCAGAGUCAUGGUACUGACAAUGAUGACAUGAACAGAAGUCUUCCAGAUGAUGAUACAGGAACAUUAUCCAAUCAAGAAGGAAAGGUAGCACUGAAUGGAGACAUUGGUGCUGAACCUGAGCAAGAAAGCCAUGUGGAUGUGGAUUUGCAAUGCACGCAGUCAGGUGAUCAUAUAGGAGAACCCUGCAAUGUUGCUGAAUCAAAAGACAGUGGUGCUAAAGCGGAUUUGGCAGAGCAAAGUGACAAAGAUGAUGGACAAGAAAAAUCUGAAAUAACAGCAGGUGACAUUACGGGAAGUGUAGGGGAAGAGAAAUUUCUCAAGGAUUCAAAUGUGCCAGAUGAAGAUCAGAAGAGAGAUAUUAAAAAUCACAAUGAAGGAGAUGAUGAGGCAAGAGACAUUGAAGAAAAAUACUUAAAUCAAUUAUCAAUUGAGACUACAACAAGUGCUCCUCCAAUUGUACCUAGGUCACCACAUGAAUCAAUGUCAGCAGAUGAGCAGCACUAUGGAGAACAAGAAGAUGAAUAUGAAUUUGAACAAAGAAUUGAUGAUGGAGAUAAUGAAGGUGAUAGGAAUGACAUUGAGUAUGUGAACCAUAUCUCCAAGGAGCCUACAUUGAGUGAGGACAGCCCUCAUAGUCAUGUUGAGAGAAUUGUUGAAAGUGAGAAGGAAGACAGACAAGAUGGAGCUCAUGAUGACAAAGAGGAUGAACUGUUGGCUUCCAGAGACCACCAAGAUGCAUCAAAUCCUACUGAUGAGAAAGAUGAAGGAGACAAUAGAGAUGAAACAGAUGACCAAGACUUGUUACGUCCUGAUCAUACUGAAUGUUCUUCAGACCCUCUCCAGUCCCCAACCUCCCUGUCCACUGCUUUGCAUGAUGAAAAUCAUAAUGUUAUUGACAAGUCUAGCAAUGCACUUGCACAGCAUGCUUUAGAUCAGAAUGUAGAUACCCAGACUAGAACUUGCAAGGACAUUGAUGAAACCCACUUGAAGAAUAAGGACAUGUUUGGUCCAAAGUUGAAAGCAAUUAAAAGUUCUGCCAAUGUUCCAGAGCUGUUUGUUCACUGGUAUUCUCCUUCACAAGAUGCCAAGGGAUUAGGAGAAGGUGCGAUGAAACCACAUCCUUCCCUUCAGCAUUAUAUGGUUUGUGUGGAAGGAACGGAGUUUGUGGAUCAGGAAGUCAACAGUCAUUCCAGACAAGAAAUGAAAUCUGAUGAUGGUGUCAUUUCCAUAAGACACCAAUGGAAUGCUGGUAGAGGUGUGCAACUUGACCUUAACAAAGGACUUUGUGAAAGCACAAGAUACAAAGUGAGUGUUGUUGCAGUGUACAAGCAAAGUGACAAAAAGAAGAAAACUAUCAAGAUGACUUCUCCAUCAUCAUGGAUCCUCACUGGAGGGUGUCCAAAGCCUCCAAAGCUUUCUCUAACUUCAGUUGGUGUGCAUGAGGUCACCAUUGCUUGGGAACCAGGUCGUUGUCAUGAGGAUAUUGAGGUCAAAGGUUAUGCCCUCCUGAAAAAUAAUAAAUCAUCAGGAGAAACUAUUCCAUAUGGACUCACCGAGAAGAUCAUCAGAGAUUUCAAACCUGGAUCUAAAUGUACUCUUAGUUUGUCCACUGUGGUAGCCAAUGGAGGAAUGCGGAGAUCAUCUAACAGCAUCACAAUCAUCUGUCCUCGGAUACCUGAUCCACCAACAAUCAGUCUCAAACCGUCUAGUAGUCUCUAUUCAGCCACCAUCACAUGGCCAAAACAAAAAUCCAAAUAUCUGUGUGGAUACAUUAUCUAUGUGAAUGGUAAAGAGCAAGCUGAGGUAUCUUUGAAUGAGAUGGAAAGAUUAUCUCAAUGUGAAUACACUCUUGAUGAUCUAGUGGAAGAAGAAACAUUUGAUGUCUACAUCAAGGCAUGUUCUGGUUCAAAGUCUCAGUCCUUGGACCACUCCUCAAACAAGGUUGUGUGUAGAACUAUGAGUGGGGGGAGCAAUCAGCUGUCAAUUAGAGCCAAGACUCCACCCACCUCACCAUUAUUACGCCUUGAGGGGAUGCACCCUGGAGGAAUUGAUGUCAUGUGGGAGCGGCUUGAGCAGGAAGAGGGCACUAACCUUACGGGUUAUCUUGUCUUGAAAGAUGGUAUUCCAUAUGGAUCAUUGAUGAAUGUGGAUGUGACUCGGUGCACCGUGGGACGCAUCAAGCCUGGAGUUACCGUUGAGCUUCAAAUCAUGGCUGUCUCUGAUGAUAUUCUAGAACCAGGAGGAGAAGACUUGUUGAGGCAGUACCCGACCUGUGAGCCAGGCCCCUCCCUGAAAGUGCAGUUUACAGGUCUAUUGACCCCACCAAGUAAAGUAUGGACUGAGCUUGUCACUGGACAUUCAAUGCUUGUAGUCUGGCAUAGGGGUAAGAAAUCCAACAAGGAUCAUUUCACUGACCCUGAUGCUUUUAUGGUGAGAUGGUGGAAAGUGGGAAAGGGAGAGCCCAAUAUGCUUACCAUGGAAACACAGGAGGACAAUCUCCAUAUUGAAGAAUUAGAGCCAGGAUCAACGUACUCUAUUGUGGUAGAAGCAAGGAAAUGGGAUACACAUUAUGACGAAGAUGAUGCAGAUAUGUUAGGUGAGGAUGCGCCCGGACAAACUUACCUGGUGACUGCAGCAUCCAAGCUAAUCACUGCCAAGACAGCUCGACCUCCUGACCCACCAUCUGACCUCAAGGUGACCUCUACUGGACCUAAGACACUGGAGGUUAGGUGGACAACAGCAAGGGAACACGGCAGUGAAAUUCUUGGACUCAGAUUAUAUGUGACACUUGCCGAGGACACAGAUGAUACAACCACAAUAAAAUGCAUAGAUCUUCUUCCUGAUGCAACUGGAGCCAAAGUGACAGACCUCGAGCAAGGCAAAGACUAUGUCCUCCACCUCCUCACAAUCACUGAUGACUUCUUUGAUCAGCUUCCAUCAUCACAUUCGUUACGCAAGGAGCGUGAUCUGCCAAGAAUUUGGGCCGAUGUUGAGAAGGAGGUGGAGUCUCCCUGGCUGCCGUAUGUUGCCAUUGGUGCAAGGACACAUGGGAAUACCCCUCCCACGGGGCUGGUGUGUACAGACACUGGGAACGACUGGAUAGGGGUGGGAUGGCGGCCACCAAGCUGGGGUGGAUUCUUUGUCGAAAGUUCCACGGUGGAGUGGGAAGACAUCAGUGGGGAUGGGAAUGUCCCAGAAGACUUGCAAGAGGGUAGCGUGGAGGUUGGACCCAAGAAGACUCACACCAAGCUACAUAACCUUGCCCCUGGGAGAACAUACGAGAUACAGGUCAAAGCUUAUAUGAAACAUGAUCCUUCAACAAAUUCCAAACCCAAACAAAGCAGUGCCAAGAAGAAUGCCAGGAUGAACAUGAUUCUUGAAUCUGAUCCAAUCUCAGUGAGACUACCUUGCCAUGUCUCUCCACCCAACUUGAGAAUAGCAGGAUUUAGCUCAUAUCACCUUGAUCUUAGAUGGAACAAACCUCAACUUUUAGUACAACCUGGAUCUCUUGACCCUGAUAACCAGCCCCUUUUGAGACCUGUGAAACUCACACUCCUUGGUUAUCGUUUAGUUGUGGAAGGCAGUGCCCCCAUCUUUCUCUCAUCUGACACUACCCGCUACACUCUUACCCAGAUAAAAGGGGGAAGAACACUGAAGGUUCAUCUUGUUGCUGUGACGACCCCUAAGAAAGUGACGAUGCAAGGAUUGAAGAGGAAAGAGCAAAAUAAAGAUGUGACCAUCGAGAAAAGGACUGCAUCUAUUCUCAAGAGCAUCGGUGACAAUAAGGACGAGACUGCCUCAAGGACGCUGUAUGUAACGGUUCCCAAAAGCCAAUCUGGGAAUAUUGUGUCUUGUACGUGCACAUACAAGCAUGAGAGGAAAACCUUUAGAGACAAUGAAGAUGAUGACGGAGAGAAGCAAGACAAGGAACAGCUUGGUUACAUCAAUGUACAGUGGAGUCUCCUCGACUGUGGGAAUGCGGAAGAACAGGGAAUUCUGGGAUACGAUGUGAGCUGGAUGUGCGAUGUUGAUGGCAAAGAGCAUGUGGCUAAUGUGUCGAAGUUCAAAACCAGUCAUGAGAUACCAGUCUUCAAUUUAGGAUGUAUGUAUGACAUCAGUGUCCAACCUGUAAAAGACGAAGACAUCUGGCAAGAUUUGAAUAGUCCCAGUAUCCUUUGUGAGAUUCCAGGAUCACCGGCCCCACCAACGCUCUACUGCGUUUCUAUGACAACCUCUGAAUUCAUCUUGGAAUGGACAGAGCCAAGAACCUUUGGUGAUGUUGGAGUCAGGGGAUAUCAGGUGUAUAUGAAUGGAAGGCAGAUUGGUCAAGUCCUCAGUUCAAGUCACUUUAAAGCAGCAGUGCCAUGCAGACCUAAUAGGAUUUACCUACUUGGUAUUUGUGCCCUGAGUGAUGAUCCAAACUACCGUGACUCUGCCCAUGACCAAAACCUACGAGUUUGCACCCCUGAUACCGACUCCGCCCCUCCGCACAGCAAAGGAGUGUCCCUUCUUGAGUCUCUUACUGAAUCCCAACACCAGCAGAGUAGAGGUCGUAGGAGUAGGAAAGCAUCCACUUCAAAGCUUGUUCCAGAAGACAUUGAGUUAAAGCUGGCAUCUGUUACCUCUCAUACGAUUGGGAUAUGCUGGGAUUUCCUUCGCUCAGAGAGUAUAAGCAAGGUACAGAGAUUACAAGUUAACUGGAGCAGUGUAGCCAAACCAAAGCAAAUUGAGACCCUCUUGAGUCCAACAGCUACGGCUUUCACCAUCAAGAACUGUAACCCUGGAACCAAUCACUUCAUUACCAUCAUAGGCCUUGACAAAGAUGAUCAUAAGGUGUGUCGUUCCAAGCAACUUAUAGUACAGACAACAUCACAGAUAAGCACACCACAGCUUUAUGUCAGCUCAACAUCCUUCAAAGGGAUCACACUGAAGUGGGAGAAACCACAAGCUUUUGGAGGAGCAAAGAUAUCUGGAUACAGACUGAAGAUCAAUGGUCAACAGACAGCAACACUGACUUCCAAUACAACCACAUACACCUACAAACAUGGAAAGAUGUGUCAGAUGUAUGCUUUCAGUCUACAGGCUACAUGCAGCAGCCCUCAUCUUAAUAGUGCAUUUUCUGACCCUGUCGAAGUGGCCUGGCCAGGGGUCAUUGUCCCUGACCCUCAGAGAAUGGCAACUACAAAGGUCAACUCACUCAUUGUCGGCUGGUCGGAACCCGAGCUGCUAGGUGGGGCAGAGAUCAAACACUACAAGGUAUUGUUAAUGACUGACCAACCUACCCAUUACAAGCACUCUCACUAUCAGAACCACCCCCUCAAGACCAGCUCCGCCCUCCCACCAGGUACCAACUCCACUGAGUUCACUGGCCUCCUGGCCCAUGUCACCUACUCUAUCUACCUUGAUGUCUACUUGGAAGGGCUAGUGAAACCGAUCCGAUCCAAGCCAUUGAUGGCUGAGGUAGCCCGAAGACCACCAGCUCCUCAGUUAAGGAUGAGUGUAGUAGGGGCGGAGGAGAGGAAGCAGUUAGAUGAUGAUGCUUGUGGAAUGAUGGAGGAUAGAGACAGAUUGCUUCAAGAGUUAUUCAGUCUUGAACAUGAUCUUGAGGAGAACUUUCUUGUUGAUGUCCAAUACCAAGAUGAUUUAUUAGCCAGGGUAUCUGAGGUUUCAUCAUUCCUGGCUGAAAUUGAGACUAGUCUGGAUAACUGUUUGGAAAGGAUGAAAGAGUAUACAGGAACCAUUAGUAUAGCGCUGUCCUGGGACUCUGUACCUGAUGAUGGUGAUGCUGUGGUAUCAGGUUAUAAGGUGUUAGUCAAUGGAGAACAGUAUGGAUUCGUCCUACAUUCUCAAGUCUGUGAAACCGAGAUAAAGUUAAGUGCCUAUAAAGGUACCCAUAGACUCAACCUGGUUGCCAUGACAGAUCAUCCUGUUGGACACAGUGACCUGUCAGAGGUCGUCACCGUGGAUACCAGCCCAUACCGUCCAUUCGUUGCUUACUGUCUCAACAGUGUCCACAAGCAAGGAGUCAAGUAUCCCAAUACAGGAUGCUGUUCAUUUCAAGAGACGCUUCAUCCCGAGACACACCCAGACUUCUCUCACCUUCCUAGCCUUCACCAGCAUCUCCCUACCCGGCGGGUCCCUGCACCUUCCGUCACUGUCUUUGACCAGAGCCAGGGAACCUACAGGCUCCUUGUACCUUCCAAGCUGUCUAACAAGAAGCCAAUUGUCAUCUUGUUCUGGACACACUGGUGUUUGGCAUCACAAGCAAUAAUGGAACAUUUUAUGAAUUAUGCCAAAAGGAGAUCAAACAAGCUGGUGUGUAUUGGUAUGUGUUGUGAGAGUGCAGAGGAUACUGACACCCAUCGUGAUACCAUGAACAGACUCCUUACUGGUCGGGGAUGGAAGAAGGAUGGAUCCCUUCAACAUUGCUGCUGCUGCUCAGAGAUUGAAGCAGAUGGAACCAAGAUGGUUGCUAACAGAUCACUCAACACUGGCCAUUCACUAGUGCAGUUUGCUACUGAGAAGAAGAGCUCAGAUGCUUUAUCAGCUAUCAGUGAUCAUGUUCCAGAGUUAUUUGGUGUCAUGGCUGUCCCGACAGUAAUUGUUAUCCACCCAGAAGGUUACUUGGGAUGGAAGGGUUGCUUUGCUGUAACAGAUCGAUCUGCAUUUAUCUCUGCCCUUGACUCUGGUAUUAUCAACAUGCUAAGAUCUAACCCAUCUAAUUUUACUAGUCUAACCUUGUCGGAAUCAGCCAGUUUUUCAGAUAAUGCAUCACAGGAGAGUCCACGCCCACCAACACCUGGAGGUCUUCACAAGAAACAAGGUUCUGCAUGGAAUGGAGGACCCGGAUCAAGUCAAGCAUCUGGCACAAUAGGUGAUGCUAGGUUUGGGUUGGGAGCUGCGAAACCAAGGACCCCAUCUAUAGUCAGUCCUCAGCUGAGACACUUUGUCCUGAAGAAAAAGCAGAAGCCAGAACCUGAGGAAAAGAAUUUAAUAAGUAUUGACACAAGACCUUAUUCUGCCAAUGUGAAGACUGGCAAGGGUAAGGUCAGACCCAAUUCAUCUGUGACAAUUUAAGAGUUGAAGAUGGAGUAUCAAAGGUGAUCAGUAUAGACACCAGUCAUUACCCUGCUGAUGUAAAGAUGUGCUUGGACAAAAUGCGGCUUAAUUCAUCUGUAACAAUCUUAGUCUGAAGAAGAACCAGUAGGGGGGAUUUGAUAAGUCUUGACAGAGCAGACACAGCACUUUGAAUGAAAGUGUUGACAUUUGAUUGAGACCGUAUUCAUCUGACAAUCAAAGUCGACAUCAGACCUUGAACAACGUCGACACCUGCGGCCGGUUUCAUAAAGAGUUACUAUUGUAACUUUGCCAUUAUGGCAACUACCAUGGUAAUGGGGCUUAGCAGCCCAUCACAGACAAGGUUUCCAUGGGAGUUAGAGUAAUGUCAAAUGUGCAAUAGUUGUACUCUGCAAGUGUAAAGACAAACAAGUACAUGGUGAUUCCUAAUUCAUCUUUGAUAAUCUAAGAACAGGGGAUUGUUUUACAAUGAGUUUUUUAAGUUUGAAUUUAAGUCAUGAUUUAGUACUGCACCCACGAUAUUUUACACAUGGUCUCAUUGAAUAAUAUGCAAUAGCGCACAUCCUCAGAGCAUGAGCUUUCCAAUGCCAGGAUGCAUCUUAUAACAUACGCAACUCAAAAUUUAAGCACGAACUUUAGUCAUACUUAAAUUUUUUUUAACGACCCCAGAACAUGAAAAGCAUUGAUCCCAGGCACUGUUCAUAGGUGAAUUGAUGCAAUAUGAAUGUUGGGUCAUACAUCCUCAAUAAAUCGAUUUGUUUUGAUCUUUUUCAUCCAUAUUAUGAAAAAAAUUAAAUAGCCUGUAUUAUGAAGUGCUUUGUCUUGUAAAAGACAAGUAAUCUCAGUGCAUCCAGACAUCAAGUGAAAAAGGAUUAAGUUCAUGGUAAAUAGACUUGAGAUUCUGCUUUAUGUGGAAUGGUAGCUACAGCUUUUCAUACAGGGUCAGAAAUAAUCGCUGAAAUGUAAGUUUAUUAAUGAAAAUUGCAAGUAGUUACAAGGAGAAUUUAAUUUUUGUUAUGGUAUGUUGGAUCUUUACUGUUUCCAUGACUCUUUCAAGUUUGAAUGAGAUUUUAUUUGACCAUUGAAGGAUUACAUGGUAAACUUGAAUACUUAUCACCUAGCUAUAAAGAGCAUAACAUUUUUGCUUCAUUCAAUUUUAAAUGGAUACCUCCACAUCAGACCACCUGGCCAUAAGGGCCAGUAGUAUUCCCUUCUUUGUUUUCUUCUUACUGUCUUUAUGUACGGGUUUGACUGGCUUAACUAAUGCUGCUUUUACACUUGGACAAAUUUCGGUUUCCACAUUGGAAUUGGCACAAUUCGACCGUGCCGAUUCGUGACAAUGCAGCUAGGGCACGAAGUGUGUCAAUGAUUUUUGCUGGAGUCCGGACUAUUUCAUGUCAUAUUCAAGAAAGGCUUACUAUAAUAAUAAGUAUGAAGUAGUUGUGACCUUGUCGUGGGGUUGUCAUGAACUUGUCGUGAAAUAUGUGCCGCUCGUGCCAUUGUCCGCAUUGGCCCGACUUGGCCUGGCAAAGUUGCACACAGUUCAUGAAUAGUUCACGACAAUCGUCCCUGACAUUUGUUGUGGCAAAUUUUUUUAAAGUAAAAAAUUUUGGCACAACAAUUCAAGCAUUGUUCCACACUCGCCCGCAUACUUCAUGACAUGGAACUACGUGGCACAGUUCAAUGCGCAUACUACCGUUUAAGUAAAAAAAAAUUGACACAUCACAAAUCCCCAAUUAAAGAGAAAAUAUUUCAUGAGCAGAUAAGUAUUAUAUAUGACCUGAAGGAGUAUCUUUUCCCAAAUAAUUUGAUACCAUAUUUAUGUGGUAUGUGGUAAUGCUUGGAUAGUCAAGAGGUAUUUUUUGCUGUGAUGUAAAGUUUGAUUUGUGCCAAAGUAAGGCAUGGCUGCAAUAAAUGAAUCCAGAGGCCAAUGGUGUUAUAAUCCUCCAUGAAUUAGUAAACAUAUUUGCAAACCCCCAUUUUUCAAUGAAAUUAAUUUGACAGUUCAUACUAAACAGUGUUUAUUAAACAAGUUUAAUGUUUAUUAUUGAAAAGGUGUUUUGCAAAGGAUUUUAAUGCAACCUUUGUGGGAAUAUGACAUUGGCAUCUGGAUUCAUUAAUUGGAGUCAUGCCUUACUUUGGCGCAAGUCAAAAUUUACAUCACUGCAAAGAAUACCUACUAAUUAUCCAAGCUUGAAGACAUGCAACAUGAAUAUAUGGUAUCAAAUUAUUUGGGAGAAGAUACUCUUUCCAGUCAUAUAUAAUGAUCAUUAUAAGGGAUUUGUGAGGUGUCAAAUCUUUUUUACUCACACGGUAGUCGUAAACAACUUGGAGCCAAAAAUCAUACAAGUGUCAUUUUAGCAUAUGAUAUGAACAUUCCAUAGACAAGCUGCAUUUUCUUUACCUCAUAUACAAUAUUUUAUAUGCUGAAUACAUAUUAUUAUUAACCGUAUCAGACAUCUGAGCAGGGCAACUUUAAUACAUUAUUGCUUGCUUAUGACUGUGAUCAAAUGGUCGGUCAAUUAGUUUCCAAUUGUUUAUCCACGGACCCAAUUUAUUGCCCGCUCAGGAAAGUCAAUGAGAAAAUGCGUGGAAAUGUAUAGCGGGCAAUAAGGCUGAGCUAACAUCCGGAUGGAUAAUAAUUAUAUUGGAUGGCUUUUUUUUCAUGAAAUACCAGAAAUAUUCCACUUGUUAGGGGCAAUAUUCCACUCAUCUGCGAUUUGUGGAACAUUUGCCCAAACUCUUGGAAUAUGUCUGGUAUUCCAUUCUGAGCCAUCCAAUAUAAUAUACUAAGCUUUAUUAGCUAUAUCAAAGUAGUAAAUUU